AUGACCUGGGAUCUUACCCUUAUUAGAAACUGUUUCCCGCCCUACAUUGUCCAGGAAAUCACCUCCAUUCCCCUUCCCCUUCAACCCUCUAGUGAUACUUUAAUAUGGGAGCCCACAAAAUCUGGUGUUUACUCUGUUGAUUCUGGCUACCAUAUUAGUCUCUCUUCUACCUCCCCUCAUGAUAUCCCUUCCUCAUCUUCCCCUUCAUCUUGGUGGAAAAACCUCUGGCAUCUUAAUAUCCCGCCUAAGAUAAAGCAUUUCGCUUUUCGUGCCUCUAACUCAACCCUCCCAACCCUUAGAAAUUUGGCUUCUAGGAAAAGAAUUCAAUCCUCAACUUGUGAUCGAUGCGGAACCCACGUUGAAUCUGUUUCUCAUGCUCUAUUCUUCUGCAAGAGUGUUCGAAGAGUCUGGAAAUGUACAUUUUUUUAUGAAUAUAUUUCCUCUUCUCCCCCUACUGCCACUUUUCAUGACAUUGCUUAUUAUAUUUAUGCUGCUUUAACCAAGGAAGAUGUAGAAUGCUUUCUUUGUGUUGCCUGGUUUAUUUGGCAUAACAGGAACAGGGCUAUCAGAGGACAAUCACAGGACCCGACCCACGCAGUAGUGAACCUAGCGCAGAGCUUCCUGGCGGACUACAAAUCAUCAGUAUCAGCUCAAAAACCUCCAGAUUUUGCGAAUAGGGCCCCCUCGAUCUCAUCCUGGAGACCUCCUGAUCCUGAUUGCUUAAAGCUGAAUGUGGAUGCCGCAGUCACUAAAGGUUCUUUAAAAGCUGGUUUUGGUGGAGUCAUUCGAAACAGCGAUGGUUUCGUGGUUGCUGCUGUCGCGUUCCCUUAUGUUAGAGGAGGGGAUGUUACUACUAUGGAAGCCAAAUCCCUCCUUCUCUCGUUGCAAUGGUGUAUUGAAGAAUGUUUUCAUAUUAAUUGCAUGGAAACAGAUUGUAAAGCUAUCUCGGAUGCUCUUGAGCAUCCCAAAAGAGAUCUUUCUUGCUUUGGUGAUAUAAUUAAUCAAAUUCGGGCAGCUUUGUCUCUCCUCCCCGGUGCCUAUGUCUCACACGUCAAUCGGACAGCAAAUACUUUCGCUCAUAAGUUGGCAUCUUGGGCUACAGGGUUAGAUGAAGUAGCAAUUUGA